CUUUGUCAAUAUGAGAACAACAAAAUAUGUGUUAAUUUUAUUGUCGAUAUUUCCAAUUAUUGUGUCAUGUUCAUUAUUAAUUCCAGUUUCUUCACAACUUCACAAGACUUGUUCUGAUAUAGAGAGACAUGAAGAUCAAUGUUCAUUUGUUAUUACUUAUUGUCACGGAUUCAGUGGCUACUUUUUAAAAUUCUAUUAUUGCUCAACCAUUUGGAAGCCACUAUGUGUGGUGAUCAUGUUAUCAGGACUGUUAUUUUUAUUUGGUGCAGUCAGUGUAGUUGCAGCUGACUUCUUUUGCCCUAAUCUUCAGACAAUAUCAUCCAAAUUACAGUUAUCAGAAAGCAUGGCUGGUGUAACCGUACUUGCAUUUGGCAACGGCAGCCCUGAUUUGUUUAGCACAUUCACUGCCAUGAAUAGCGGAUCUGGUUCGUUGGCAAUAGGUGAAUUGAUAGGAGCAGCCUUUUUUAUUGUCUCUGUUGUAUCUGGCUGCAUGGGUAUCAUUCGCCCGUUCAGGUCGAAACGUAUUACAUUCAUGCGAGACGCCUCAUUUCUUACAGGAGCAAUUAUGAUCCUAACCUGGAUUGUCUAUCACAGACGCAUCUGCUGGUAUCAUGGUGUCCUGUUGAUUGCCUAUUACCUCGUAUAUGUAAUUGUUGUCGUAAUGGGCGCGUAUAGGUCCCCAGGAGCAGAAACACCAGUAUUACCUGAGCCAAAAUCAAUGCAUACAACUCAGGAACUACUAUCGGAGACAUCAAGGCUGUUGAGCUCAUCUCAGGAAGAACGACGCCAGAAACCUCCUAGGCUCGAUAUACCCAUCCACGGAUUUUCAUCUCAAGAACACCUUGGACACAUAAUUAAACCAGUCUCACCCAAUUCAUCUCAUCCCUCUCGCAAAUCAUCCUUUCAUUCCAAUUUCCCACGCACGUCAAGCACCAACGGCUCUAUCUCAUCUCGACUCUAUAGGCACGCCAUGUCACCGCGUAUUGGCAUGCGAACAUCCUUAUUUAGUGCUAUUGAGUUUCAAGAGCAAGUGAUUAGUAUUCGACGAGCCAACAGUACUCAACUAAUGAGCACACCACGGACAAGUCAUCCCUCAUCGUCCGGCUUGAUCCACAGGUCAUCGCAAAAAUCCGUCCCAUGUAUUUCCACACGAAGCCAUUUGAAUGUAGAUCACCUCUGGACUGCAAGAGCCCCUGAAAGUUCUCAAGAAGAUUACUUUACCUUCAUUUCUGCUAAUCCUUUGACUCAAGACGAUAUUAUUCCUGAAAUAAGACUUGCUCCACCAAUUUAUCCCACUGAUCAGGAGGCCGUAGAGGAACCUGAUAAACAACCUGCCCUCUUACUCACCCCUGAGCCAACAAAGCCGUUGUGGAUCACGGAGGUCGUCUGUGUCCUGUUUCCGACGUUACAAGACUGGAGUACAAAGACAACCUUUGGAAAAUUGAAUGCUCUCGUGGCUGUACCCAUAGUCUUUAUCUUAACACUCACUUUACCUGUAACAGAGGCAGAUGAUAUCAAGGUAGAUGAUAUUGAAGUUAUAGAGGAAGCGAUUCCCCAAGUGGUGGUGAAUAAGAGUUACUUGACUGUACCAGCCUCAGAAAGUUAUCCUGAUAUAGAAGAGGAAGAAGAACCUAUUAAUGAAGCACAACUUAGCUGGUGUCGAUGGUUACUGGCUACACAGGCAAUAUGCUCAACUACCUUUGUUACCUGUGUCAUGUUCUUAAACGGAUUUAUUCCUUUCUUCUUUAUAUUUAUCGGCUUCCUUGCUGGCUGUAUCUUAUCCGGACUUGUUCUCUACCACACAAAAGAGCAUGAACCGCCUCGAUGGUAUUGGAUGCUAUCUUUUGCAGGUUUUAUCAUUGCUUUGAAUUGGAUAUUUUUACUAGCUAAUGAAAUGGUGGGGCUCUUACAAGCACUUGGUGUUAUAUUCGAUAUUAGCGAAGCAAUCAUGGGUCUGACUAUAUUUGCACUGGGUAAUAGCGUGGGCGACUUGGUAGCUAAUACUGCUAUUGCCAAAAUGGGGUUUCCUACUAUGGCUAUUUCCGCUUGCUAUGCUGGCCCAUUAUUAAAUAUGGUCCUUGGUGUAGGCAUAUCAUCAACCUACCAAACAUGGAUUACAAGUAAACCAUAUGAAUUAGAUAUUGCACCUACAAUCUUGAUUUCUUCUUGUGGUCUUAUUACAGUAUUAUUAAGCACACUCGUUGUUGUUAAUAUUAAUGGAUAUCACAUUAACGAAGGACUAGGCUGGUGGAUGAUUAUUGUGUACUCUACUUGUUGUGUCGUCAAUGUCUUGUUGGAAUUUCGCUUUUUAAGAUAAUAAAACACUCCAAGACUAUAUAUUAUAUAUUACACACAUUGAAUGUUGUUGUUG